AUGGAUACAGGACGGAGGUUGGCGGCCUUCGCGGCCUCGGUCGGGCUUUCCUUCUCCUUCGGGCAGUGCCGAAUGGACGCCGAUGAUCAGCUGCGGCCGGCGGCGGGGAAGGGUGUGGAAGGGCCGCCGCAUCUUCCAUGGCGUUCUGCAGCGUCCGUCGCCUCCUUUCUCAGAAGCGCCGGAGAGCUCGGAGCUCGGGUUGUGACGGUGGUGGAGGAAGCCGUGGCGUGCUGUGGCGGUGAUGUGAACGGGGGUUUUGUUGGAUCGUUCAUGGAGGAGAUGAAGAGGUACUCGGCGAUUUGGGACUCUCUUGAAGCAGGGUUUCCGAUGCAGGGGGCAGCGAGGGGAGUUGUAGAAAAGUUAAUAUUGGGGCCGAUGAUUGCCGGAUCGGUGAGUAGGGCUUACAGGCGACGGGAGGAGGGGGGAGAGGAGAGGGAAGGAUGGGCGGAGUGGAUGGAGGAGGUGGGGUUUGGAACGGUGGGGCUGAGCUUCUUCAACCUCUGUCAAUCCAGGCUUUUGCUUGGGCUUUUUAAUGAUGGGUACAGAGUGCAGGAGGAAGGGUCUAACAAGCUUGUGUUCUGUUGGAAGAAUUGCCGGCUUCUUUCGGCGUCUGUGUGGUCAGCUCCGGCACUAGAGUCGAUGGCGGUGAGCAGCUUCAGUUGGUGA